AUGCGGCAUUACGGCAAAGACAAACCGCCGAAUUCAUCACUCCAGGCCAGGACACUCCGCGCAAUGUCAACGGCGCCUCGCUACAUGGUCUCCAGCACGGAGCUCCCCCCCGCCGAGCGGGCAGUCUUCCUCGAGUCUUCCUUCUUCUCGCGCAACGGACCGGGCGCCGAGCUACCGUCGCCCGCAGACGUUCGCGCGAGAAGUGCCGUCCAGAAUCCGGGAGCGCAGCAGACGACGUACCGGAUCCCGCCCGUUCGAUACGAGGAGCUUGGCCUCAUCGUCAAGUUUGGCAGCGCACCUCGGGUGACUGUGGACGAAGGCCAGUGUCUCUGGGCAUUGCGCCGUGCGCUGCCAGACGUCCUCCCCGUCCCGGAAGUGUAUGGCUGGACACACGACGGUGGCCAGGUUUUCAUUUUCAUGGAGUUGGUGCGAGGCGUCUCUCUGGAGCGACGCUGGGAAUCUCUCAGCGAGGUUGAUCGGGAGGGAGUCUGUCGGCAGCUGAGGGAGAUGAUAUCAGGACUGCGGGAACUGCGGCACGCGCCGGGCGAGUUCUUCAUCGGCACCCUUGGCCAGCAGCCGCCCACAGACAUCAUCUUCGACUGCCCACAGAACAAUCCUCCGGGAGGUCCCUUCCACUCGGUCACCGAAUUCCACGAUUGGCUGUCCCUAUUAAUCAGGCCAGGUUUUGAGCAUCACUGGCCGGGCAAGAAGCCGUCGGAGAUCCCGGACCCUUACCGCGAGAGUCUCCCCGAUGCUGCACCCGUCGUGCUCACCCACGGUGAUCUGCAUCCAAGCAACAUCAUGGUUUCGACCGAUUCCCCUUGCAAGGUGGUUGCGAUCAUCGACUGGCACCAGUCCGGGUGGUAUCCCGACUACUGGGAGUUUUGCAAGGCCGUCUUUACGGCAGAAGUCAAUGGCGAAUGGAUGAACCGGUAUAUACCCCUGUUCUUGGAUGAUUCUGGAUUUGCAGAUGUAUGGGACGUGUAUGCCGGCGCCCUGGGGUACUGA